AUGAGUGGUAAGGUUACUAAACAUUCCAAAUCCAAUAACACUGAAAUUUCAUCCUUAGCUGCAAAGAUUAAAGCUAAAGCUCUAGAAAAUCAGAAGAAACUGAAAGAAGACGAAGCCAUCAACUCUUCAGAUGAGGAAAAGGGAAUAAUAGUUAAGAAUAACGCUGCUGAAGAAGAUGCUGGUAAUGAUGAAACAUUUGAAUCGUUCACUGAAUUAAAUUUAGUACCUGAGUUGAUUCAAGCUUGUAAGAACUUGAAUUAUGAGAAACCUACACCAAUUCAAUCAAAAUCCAUUCCUCCUGCGUUGAAUGGUAAAGAUAUCAUUGGGUUAGCUCAAACGGGUUCAGGUAAGACUGCUGCAUUUGCUAUUCCAAUUUUAAACAGCUUAUGGCAUGAUCAACUUCCAUACUAUGCUUGUAUCUUAUCACCUACCAGAGAAUUAGCCCAACAAAUAAAAGAAACAUUUGAUUCAUUGGGUUCGUUAAUGGGUGUCCGUACUGUUUGUAUUGUGGGUGGUAUGAAUAUGAUGGACCAAGCUAGAGAUCUUAUGAGAAAGCCACACAUUAUUAUCGCCACGCCAGGUAGACUGAUGGAUCAUUUAGAAAACACUCGUGGGUUUUCACUGAGAAAGUUAAGAUACUUAGUCAUGGAUGAAGCGGAUAGAUUAUUAGAUAUGGAAUUCGGACCUGUGCUAGAUAGAAUUCUAAAGAUUUUACCAACUGAAGGAAGAACAACCUAUCUUUUCUCUGCUACCAUGACCUCUAAGAUCGACAAGUUACAAAGAGCAAGUUUGACAAAUCCAGUAAAAUGUGCAGUCUCAAAUAAAUACCAAACUGUCGAUACUCUGGUCCAAACAUUAAUGGUUGUACCAGGCGGUCUAAAAAACACUUUUUUGAUAUAUUUAUUGAAUGAAUUUCAUGGAAAGACUUUUAUUAUCUUCACAAGAACCAAAGCUAAUGCUGAAAGGAUAGCAGGUCUAGCAAAUCUUCUGGAAUUUAAUGCCACUGCAUUACAUGGUGAUUUAAAUCAAAAUCAGAGAACUGGUGCCUUGGAUUUAUUCAAGGCUGGUAAAAGGUCAAUUCUAGUAGCCACAGAUGUUGCUGCCAGAGGUUUAGAUAUUCCUUCUGUGGAUAUUGUUAUUAACUAUGAUAUUCCAGUUGAUUCUAAAUCAUACAUUCAUCGUGUUGGUAGAACUGCAAGAGCUGGUAGAUCAGGUAAGUCAAUUUCCUUAGUGUCACAAUAUGAUCUAGAAUUAAUAUUAAGAAUUGAAGAAGUUCUUGGUAAAAAACUUCCCAAAGAAUCUGUCGAUAAGGACAUCAUUUUAUCCUUAAGAGACUCUGUGGAUAAGGCAAAUGGUGAAGUUGUUAUGGAAUUGAAUAGAAGAAGUAAAGAAAAAGCUGCAAGAGGUAAGGGCAGAAGAGGUAGAAUGCAAUCCAAAGAAAAUAUGGAUAGAGAAGAAAGAUAA